UAUGAAUAGUUUGCUUAGAAUAAUGAGUCAAUUAAGUUAUUUUAUGAUUCUGGGGGCUUUCAUUAGUCUAAACUGCAUUUAAAUUAUUAACAAUACUGGAUAAUAUGCCUAAAUUAUUGAGUAUAUAGAUUAAGUAUAUUUUAAGAUUAUAAAAUUAUCAAAAAAGAUAAAUAUAAAGAGUUCCUAAAAGAAGAAGCAUGAAGAGAUGAAAAUUCUUGGAUAUCAUAAUAUGUUAAUUUCUAAUAAUUUUGAAAUAACAUCGUCUUCAUAUACAAAUAAGACACUUUAAACCCCAAAGGGUUCUAUUAAAUAAUUAAAUGAAAAAUUAUCUAAAAUUAGUUAAUGA